GGUUCAACCACGGGUUUGCAGGUUCGACAAAACUCAGUAUUUCGAGUUUGAAGAUUUAUAUAUGUACGAAAAACAAUUAUUAUAACGUUAGAUAUAUAUUUCAGAAUUCAUUCUCUCAAUUCAAAACUCACAACGUCUAAAUUCUAAUAUCAUCUGUUGAUUAUAUGUCGGAAAGACAUCUCGGACGAAGAAUUCCAAUGUGCGAGAGAGCUAGUAGUAGCAGUGUACAAAAACCGUCAUUUCCCACGCGACGAACAUCAAAGCAGCAUAGGAAGAGAAAAACUAUAGAAAGAUGUAAAUCUGAGCCUUGUCUUUGGAGGGUUAAUGGAGUUGGUGAUAAUGAAGAUGAUCGUCGAGAUGUGACGACGUCGUUGGAGGUUCUUUUGCGGCCACAAACUUGUUCAAAUAUAUUUUUUUCGCCGGAUUAUUUGAAUAAUGUUUCAUCUCCGCAAGGUUCUAGGGGGUACAAUAAAGAUGCAAAAGUUGUGGUUAAUGUCACAGUUGAGGGCACUCCUGGACCAAUUCGAACCAUGGUCAAGUUAGGGUCCAGUGUCGACGAGACCAUAAGAUUUGUGCUAAGCAAAUAUAGAGAAGAAGGCCGCAGUCCUCAUCUUGAUAAAAGUUCGCCUUCAUCAUUCAAAUUAUACUCUUCUUACUUCAGUCUUGAGAGUUUGAGUAAUACAGAUAUGAUUGGAGAUGUGUGGAGCAGAAGCUUUUAUCUUCGCAAGAGUAAUAGUAAUGGAAAUAAUUCAAGAAAUGCAGAAAUAGCAACGGACAUUACUUCAAUGGAGGCAAAUUCUAAUCCAAUUAUUGUUGUGAUCAAUAAAAUCAUUAGAACAAGCAAGCUUUGGAAAUUCCUUGGUUGCAUACGGUGUUUUGGAUAA